CUGCGAUGCUGCGACCGAUGAACAAGUUGGCUCGAGCGCCCGUAGGCCGCUUUAUCCAAGAGCCCAUGACCUCGCGUCCGUCGACUGGUCGAGAGGAAGGCUGCGAUUGCGAAGGAGAUGGUAGAGGGUGGAUGACCCUGGCAAAGUGCCCGAAGAGGUAGUAGAGAGAAUGAUCACCCACUUCCCCGCACCUCGCUGCACGCACCAGGAGCAGCAGCAAGAGCAGCAGCAGCCGCAUCGCUGUCUGUCUGUCUCAUCUCUUUAGAGUCCACGUCGGCCUUAGGAACAGAGAGCGAGAGAGCAACGAGCGAGUCGACUUCCUUUGCGGCCUUCAAAUACCCGCCCGUCGCCACCCUUCGCAACUUGUCUCUUCUCCACCGACUGUGUCACCCUUUCCAUCCACCACCACCACCACACAACAUAACAAUCAUGUCCGCUACUCUCCAAUUCGGCAACGGCAAGUCGUCGACGAUCCAGACGGGUCUCUACAUCAAUGGCAAGUUCCAGCCUGGCGCUGAGGGUAAGACCUUCGCCGUCGUCAACCCUGCCAAUGGCAAGGAGAUCUGCCAAGUCUCUGAGGCCUCUGCCAAGGACGUCGACGCUGCUGUCAAGGUGGCUCGUGAGACUUACGACAACAAGUGGGGAGAGAAGGUCUCCGGCCGUGAGCGUGGAAAGAUGCUCAUCCGCCUCGCUGAGCUGAUCGAGGAGAACGCCGAUGAGCUCGCUGCCAUCGAGUCGCUCGACAACGGCAAGGCCUUCAGCAUCGCUCGCUCCUUCGACAUCCCCGAGGCUGCUGCGAACUUCCGUUACUACGGCGGCUGGGCUGACAAGGUCCACGGCAAGACGAUCGAGGUUGUUGACAGCAAGUUCUGCUACACCCGUCACGAGCCCAUCGGUGUUUGCGGUCAGAUCAUCCCGUGGAACUUCCCCUUCCUCAUGAUGGCCUGGAAGAUCGCUCCCGCUCUCGCUACGGGCAACGUCGUCGUCCUCAAGACUGCCGAGCAGACUCCCCUCUCUGCCCUCAAGUUCGCCGAGCUCAUCGAGAAGGCUGGCGUCCCCCCCGGUGUCAUCAACAUCGUUCAGGGCUUCGGUCCCACCGCCGGCGCUGCCAUUGCCAACCACAUGGACAUCGAUAAGGUCGCCUUCACUGGCUCGACCCUUGUCGGCCGUAACAUCCUCAAGGCUGCUGCCUCGUCGAACCUCAAGAAGACCACUCUCGAGCUCGGCGGCAAGAGCCCUAACAUCAUCAUGAACGACGCCAACAUCGACGACGCUGUCGCAUGGUCGUGCUUCGGUAUCAACUUCAACCACGGCCAGUGCUGCUGCGCCGGCUCGCGCGUCUACGUUCAGGCUGGUAUCUACGACGAGUUCGAGAAGAAGCUCCUCGCCAAGUACAAGUCGAUCAACGUCGGCGACCCGUUCAAGCAGGACACCUUCCAGGGUCCUCAGGUCUCCCAGCUCCAGUACGACCGUAUCAUGGCCAUGAUCGAGUCGGGUAAGCAGGAGGGCGGCAAGAUCCUCACUGGUGGCGAGCGUCACGGAAAGGAGGGUUACUUCAUUGAGCCCACCAUCUUCACCGGCGUCAACCACGACGCCAAGAUUGCCCGCGAGGAGAUCUUCGGCCCUGUGCUCGUUCUGCAGAAGUUCGAGGACGAGGCUGAGCUCAUGAAGAUCGCCAACGACUCCAUCUACGGUCUCGCCGCUGCAGUCUUUUCCCGCGAUAUCAGCAAGGCUAUCCAGACGGCACACGCCCUCAAGGCCGGAACCGUCUGGGUCAACUGCUACAACCAGCUCCACCCCAACGUGCCCUUCGGCGGCUACAAGGCUUCGGGUAUCGGCCGCGAGCUCGGAGAGUACGCGCUCAGCAACUACACCAACAUCAAGGCUGUUCACGUCAACCUUAGUGAGCCUGCUCCGAUGUAAUGUGUUGUCGCCUCGAUUACGACCUCUUGAAAAUGCCAUGAUGCUUCUCGGAACCAAAAUUGGUCUAAGAUCAAGCUUCGUUCGAUGUGUUGUGUAUAUGCUUUGACAUUAGCUAUGUGUCCAUGAAUUUCAGCUGUUUCAUGCGUCGGACAAGCGC